UCUCUCUCUCUUAAAAUUUUUCGUUAAGCGAACUAAUUAGUCUAUUACAAAAUGUGUGUUAGACGGUUUAGAACAAGGCCCAAUAUAAAAUGAAGGGUCGAUGAGAGGGACACGUCAUCGAUCCGCGGCAUCCCACAAUGGGCGAAAUGCAAAGCGCGGUUUUUGGCGCUAAAAAGCCAAAGUAUAAAAAAUGUGAAAGUGAAGAAGAAAGUGGAAAAUUGGGAGAGGGAAGCAGCACAUCGCAGGGGCAGAGAGUCGACGCAGUUGAAUCUCGAUCCUCGUCGGUUAUUGUUCGCGGCAGGGAUGGCAGCGCUUUCGUCAAAUGCCAAGACUGCAAAGAGGACGUUCCUGUUGGACUUGUCAGCAUGCAUGGUUGCAGCGACGAAGCCAAAACUAAAAUGAAUCUCGAGACACAACUUGUGGAACGGCCUUAUGAAGCUAAGAGACCAGUGAGGAAGAAGACAAGAUCUGAUGUACCAAAGGCUAAAAGGGCCAAAGUUGAGAAGACGAAGAAGGUGAAAGAUCCACACGUGCCAAAGAAGCCUCCAGCAGCAUCCUUCUUUCUCUUCAUGGAUGAUUUUGAGAAAUCUUUUAAGGAGGCAAAUCCUGAUUCAAAGGAUGGUAACAGGGUUUUUAAAGAGGCUCGUGCCAAAUGGAGGUCCAUGACUGCUGAAGAGAAGAAGCCUUAUUCUGAUAAACUUGCUGAACUUAAAGCAGAAUAUGAGAAGGCUAUGGAAAUUUACAAUGCUGCUGAAGCAGAAGGAGAAGAGGGAGAAGGUGAAGGAAAGCAUGAAGAGGGGACUGAUGAACAAUCUGAUAAAGAAGAAGCUGCUGCAGGUGAAGAGGAGGCUGAUGAACAAUCUGAUAAAGAAGAAGCUGCUGCAGGUGAAGAGGGGGAUGAUGAACAAUCUGAUAAAGAAGAAGCUGCUGCAGGUGAAGAGGAGGAGCUGAAUGAUGAGGACUAAACUGGUUGCUAUGUACAAGAGCUUCUUAACUGUUACUAGUGUAGUGUUGUAAAUUCUUGCAUGCACUUUACUUGGGGUUUUAUCAUUUAGGUGUUAAUACUGUUCAAAUGCCUUUGAAGUUGCACUGCAACAUCUUUUUGUAUUGUUCUCUUGGAAUAUUCUUCAAUAGCACUUGGUUAAUACCUAUUUCAUUGUUCUCCCCAACAGAUGUGUU